AUUAGAUGUCCAGAGAUUCAAAGUAGCUCUUCCCGCACUUUGUCCUCAAAGUGAGCAUGCUGAAAGUGCUUCACAACUAAAAUAGUUCUGUCAGAACUGAAACUUUAACAAGAUAUAUUUUAAAUUAAGAGAACUUGUGUGUGCUGGGUGAGACUGGCAUCCAAAUCCUUACCUUAAAUCCUUCCCUCUCCAGACUUCAGCCAGGAAGGAUGUUCUGGGCUGUUUGUUCAGUGUGGUGUUGCUCUGGGACAUCCAGCAUUGAUGAAUUCUGUAGGGUUGGGGAGUGGGGGAGAGAGCGGAAAUGAGUAACUGACACCUGGCUGGUUGGUUUUGCUUCUAAUUUCAGGAGUCUUCCCUAUCUGCUGCUGCUGCAAUCCCCCUUUUGACCAUUUCCGACAUGCACUGGCUGUUCCAUCCUGUGCUCUAGAACUUCUGCCAACUGCUGCAAAAGAAUAUCUGACCUCUCCUCUCUUCUCUGCAGGAUUUUAGCUGAUGUGAAAGUGAGGGGAAUAACUGGUCCCCUGUACCCCGGUAAAGCCUACCCGUGUUGAGUUAGUGCACAAGACCCCUGUGUAGUAAACUGGAAACACAAACAGCCAUAUGCUCUUUUUAUUACACAUUAGACUACACAUGAAGAUCGAGAUCUAGACUUUAACAAAGAAGAUAGGAACAUUAAAAUAGGGCAACUUUGGGUACUUACAGAGUUACUACUUUGUUUCUCUACUGCUUGUCUUCCAAGUAAGUUUAUGGUUGAUGUCUUCCUAGUGAAAAUCAAGAGGGGCAGGAACAAAAGUCUUUCUGUAAUCAAUGCUGGUGCAUUACUUAUUGUGGUAGUGUGGUAAGUUCACAUAGGCUGUUACAUCACAUGUGCAGACUGUGUUUCUGUGAUGUCAGUUUAUGCUGCUUGGAUACUGCAAUGUGCUUGUGAUAGAAGGAGAUCUGUGUGUGGAGGGCUUUGCAGAUACAAGGGGAAUGUCCAGGGGAGGGAGGCGUUACUACCAGAUCUAGACCACUGUCCUUACAAAGAUUCCAAGGUUUUUUAAGAGCAGUGUCUCAUGAACUUUUCCUGGUCAGGAACUGCUUCAUUGCUAUGCCUUCCUUGCCCCUGCAGACCUUUAGUGUCCAGCUUCGUCUAGCUGAAACGAAUGAGAUCUUUUCACUGCCUCGAUGCCAGGAUGAUUUGACACUGAAGAAACUUAAGUCCCAUUUGGAAUUGUUGACUGGGAUCCCCCUUCACUUCCAGCGGCUUCAGUACCUGGAUGAAGUAGAUCUGCCAGAUGAGUCUACGUUUAAGGACAACGAUAUUGUCCCUGGUGGAACAAUUACAAUGCGCAUCUGGCGACAUGAUGGCUGGGGGCAGCUUGUGGCAGCUGCUGCAAAAGGAGAGACUGCAAAGUUAGCCCGUCUGGGAGUCACAGAGGACUGUGCGGGCACCACGCCAUACGCAGAGUUACUGGGACCAGAGCAGAAAAAGGAAUGGGCAGCACACCGAGCUUUCGUGGCGCUGUUUGUUGCCAGCCACAGAGGUCAUGUUGAAACUGCCAGGUUUCUCCUGAGACACGGUGCAGAUUUACAUUCUGAAACCCCUCUAGGAAGAACUGCCCUUCACGCUGCUGUUGUCACGGGCCAGUGCGACUGCAUCGAACUCCUCCUUAGCUGUGGGGCGCAAGCUCUUGCCCCGGACAGAGGGGGACAAACUGCGGUGAGCCUUGCCCGCCUGUGGGGCCAGAAGCAGAGCGAGCGCACCAUGCUUUGCUUCCAGCGGAGGAAGAGAUCCCCUAGCGCCGUGCCACCCUCAGCGCUGUGAAUCGGGCCUUGCAGCGGGCGCCUGGCCCCACAUCCUAAAAUACAUACGGACUAACUUGGUUCUGGCAAAUUUCAAGGGAGAGUCAGUAACUUUCCCAGAGACCCACACUUCAAAUAUAGGUCACUGGGUGGGAUUUGUAGGUUUUAGUCAUGAAAUAAGCUCCCACAGUAGUGAUGCUGCAGCUAAGAUGACAACUGGCUUGACAGCACAGCUCUCAAACAUGCUUUUAAUUUGUAGCUUAAGUAUUUAUAACACUGUUCCCUAGCCAAGCUGGCCAUUUAGUUAAUAUGGCUUGUAGGAGAGCUCGAGCUCGUCUGCAAGUUCUCUUUGGAAUGCUCCUUGCUAGGGUAAUUUCCUAAUGGUUGGCAGCAGACCAGGGCGAUAUAGUUUAAUGGGUGUUUCAGGGAACUGGAAAUCCCUAGGUCUUUCAUCCAGUUCUGGCCCUGACUGGCUUUAUUGCCUCUGGCAGAUCAGUUAAGGGUUAUUUUAUAAGUAGGGCAGUUUGUCUGCCAUGGGAGGGUGCAGGCAAAGUUGAUGUGCAUGUAAGUGGCUAAUUACGAUUGCCCAGUGCUUGCUUAGUGUCUCCAAGGUUUUAAGCCACAGGGCUUUGAAGGUUGGGGUUUCUUGAAGCCAGAGCUGGGGUGAAGGGAAUUGCCCAUCUGCUUUCCAUGCUUCUUAGUAUCCCAGAUUCCUGCGAUGCUUUAAAAAUAAAAAUACUGCUUACAGUCUC